AUGAUGUUGUGUGGCGUUACGACUGGUAGGACACCUGAAAUUGAAGUACGUAUACAGGAUAGUUACAUCAGAACAAAAAAGGUGAUUAAGUAUCUAGGUAUAUGGAUAGACCAUAAAUGGGAGUUUAGGGAACAUUUAAAGGCUGUAGUACCUAAAGCUGAGAAAAUCUCUCAGAGCCUCGCUAGGUUAAUGCCGAAUUUAAAAGGACCGAGUGAGCGAUGCAGACAUUUGUAUGCAGAGGUCGCUUACUCGGUUCUAAUGUAUGGCUCGCCCAUUUGGGCGGAUAAUAUUUUUAAAUUUAAGAAAGUAAAGGCUAAGAUUAAAGCGUUACAAAGACGCGUGGAUCAACGUAUAAUUAUGGCUUAUAGGACGGUGUCCUAUGAAGCGUCUGUACUGUUAGCCAGAAUGAUUCCUAUUGAACUUAUUGCGGGCAAACACAGUAGGGUAUUUUUUAGAAUGAAAACAAUAAGAAUGGAAGGGGGUGUAUUAACACCCUCUGUAAGGAGAACAAUUAGGAAAGAGAAGAAUGAUGGGGCUCUAGAGGUAUGGCGAAUUAGGUUGGAGCAGUCUGACCCGGAUGCACCGGGUAAGAGAAUAAGAGACGCAAUAGGGCCUUUUCUUUUGGUAUAA